AUGUGCUACUACGGAGGAUAUUAUGGAGGCCUGGGCUAUGGCUGUGGCUGUGGCUGUGGCUAUGGCUGUGGCUAUGGCUGUGGCUGUGGCUAUGGUGGCUAUGGUGGCUAUGGUGGCUAUGGUGGCUAUGGUGGCUAUGGAUAUGGCUGCUGCCGCCCACUGUGCUGUAGAAGGUACUGGUCCUGUGGCUUCUACUGA